AUGAAGCCUUCCAUAAGAGGUCGGUGUCUAUCUGGGAUCUGGAGCGAAUUGAAAUCGAAGAGCAGCUGCAAGGGCGCGAGGCAACAUGGGAAGGUCGGCUGGGCUCGAUUCCGGAGGGAUUUGAUGAGCAAGGGAAAAUGGAAGUCUAGGCUCCACACCAUCGCCUCUCCACAAAAGUCUUUUUCCUAUUUUUGGGCGAUUCAUAUUAUUUCCUUCCAGAGAUGUUGCCGUGCGUCUCUGCCAACUAGAUUCCCGAAGUGA